GUUUUAACAACAAAGGGACCACAAUCAUCCAACUUGACUCCAUUGGUAUAACUCCACACCUAAUGUGUGGAAAUUUUUCAGAAAGUGCCUCUAUAAAAACACUUUAUGCAGUCACACCUUUGCAUCAGUAAACCUACUCCAAAACCAAAUCCUUCUUCCCUCUUCUUCCAUUAUGGCUCAACUAUCAAACUACAUUUCUUUCCUUCUCUUAACAACUCUUUUGUUACCAUUACAAACUACAGCCAGAGACAGUGAAUUCUUCAGCAAAGUAACUCAUUUCAACAAAGAAACAAAAAUUCCCAACAAAGAAGAAUCAACAGUUACAAACAAACCAGAAGAACAACCACCUUUCAUUCCUCAAAAUGAAAACAGCUAUGGCUUAUAUGGCCAUGAAUCUGAUCACUUUCCUUCCACCACUACCGCCGCCACAACCACCACCACCAAUUCUAACUUUGAAGACACCAACAAUUACCAAAAUGACAACAAGUACUACAACAAUGAUGCCUAUAACACAAAGUAUUACAACAAGGAUACUUUUGGAAAUGAGUUGAGUGACACAAAGUACAAUGAAGAACAGAACAACAACAACAAUUACAACAACCACAAUCGCCGUUUCAACAACAAUGCUGCAAAUGAAAGAUCAUUUUACAACAACAACAAUAAUAACUAUAAUGGUGAGAAACAAGGGAUGAGUGACACAAGAUUUUUGGAAGGUGGAAAAUAUUACUAUGAUGUUAGCUAUGAGAAAUAUAAUCCAACAAUGUACAAUCCAACAAUGUAUAGUGAUUCAUCUAGAGGAAUUAACAACGAUAACUGGUACAACAACAGAGGUAAUAGUAACAAUGAUAACAACUAUGGAAACAACAAUGAGUAUUACCAGAAUAAUCAUGGUAACUACAAUGGUUACAAGAACCAGCAUGAAUUUGAAAAUGAAGAAGAUGCCUUUAAGCCAUGAGAAACUGGUUUAUCAUUAGCAAAGUGAAUAAUUCACUUUACUUUUGAAGUGUUCUAUGUGUGUUUGUGUUCUAUGUGCUUUGGAUUUAUAAAACAUAAAGAAGAUGAUUAAAGAAUAUAUAGGUUAAUUAAUUAAUUAUAUUUGAAGGGUUUUCUUUUAAUUAAUUUAGUUUGUAAUGCUAUAUUCAGUCUUGUUUCUGGUAUUGCAAUGUCUCUGUUAUGAAUUUUAGAUAUAAGGCAUGAAGUACAAGAGCAUCAGUAUUUUUUGUUUAUAAACUAUAAAUAAGUUUUAUAGUGUGAAA